UUACGCGCUGGAAGGCGCUCUGCCGUUUGUGGCGGCACUCUUUCGUUGUUGAUAAACACCAACAACAAUAAAGGACGGCUCGGCCGACAGCCGAGUAUUUCGCGAUCUUAAUUCGGCGUUGUUAAUCGUCGAGCAAAUCUAAGAACGAGAUUAUUCAAAAUAAUACCGUCAACGAAAGUAAGACACAACGACGGCGUGUCAAGGAAACGACGACGUCGAGCGUGACGUUGAGGUUAUGGAUAAUUUCGUCAAGAUCGAAAAAAUAGGGGAAGGGACGUAUGGGGUGGUAUAUAAAGCGAAGGAUAAGCUGACCGGCAAAUUGGUGGCGCUCAAGAAGAUUCGUUUAGAGACGGAAAGUGAAGGCGUACCAUCGACCGCUAUAAGGGAGAUAUCGCUCUUGAGGGAACUUGCCCAUCCAAAUAUUGUCCAGUUAUUUGAUGUUGUGGAUGGUGAUAAGCAUUUAUAUCUUGUAUUUGAGUUUCUCCAACAGGAUCUUAAAAAACUAUUAGACUCUGUAAAAAGUGGCCUGGAUCAAGCUCUUGUGAAGAGCUAUCUCUAUCAGUUACUAAAGGCGAUUUCUUUUUGUCAUCUACAUCGUAUUUUACAUAGAGACUUGAAACCACAAAAUCUGUUAAUUGAUCGCGAAGGCUACAUAAAAUUAGCUGACUUUGGUCUAGCUAGAACUUUUUUGAUUCCCGUAAGAACGUAUACACACGAAGUAGUGACGCUCUGGUAUCGUGCACCAGAGAUUCUGUUAGGAACUAAGCUAUAUUCAAGUGCAGUGGACAUAUGGAGCCUUGGUUGCAUUUUUGCAGAAAUGGCUACCAGAAGAGCACUCUUCCCAGGUGAUUCUGAGAUAGAUCAAUUGUUUAGAAUAUUUCGUACACUUGGAACGCCAGAUGAAACUAUCUGGCCGGGUGUAUCACAACUUCGUGAUUAUAAAUCAAUGUUCCCUAGAUGGGAGCCGUGUGAUUUGGACGAAGUUGUACCUUCUUUAGAUGCCGAAGCCAAAGACUUACUCAUGGUAGGUAUACGAGAUGUUGAUGAUAAUUUGACGAGUUGCUCUCUCUCUCUCUCUCUCUCUCUCUCUCUCUCUCUCUCUCUCUCUCUCUCUCUCUCUACUAUCUAUUAUACCGCUAAUAUUUUGUUCUUUCGACCACAGAAACUCUUGAUAUAUGAUCCCAAUGAGAGGAUAACAGCUAGAAAGGGUUUGAAUCAUCCGUAUUUUUCCGGUGUAAAAUUAGUCCCACCGCCCUUGCCAAAGAAAAAGUGACAUAGAUUUAUGGCACUUGGACUCACAGAAUACCAUAUUUCCUAUUUAGAAUGUACAAUAUCGUUUAAAAUAAUGAUUAAGGUACAAUACUAUAGAGAUGUUUUAUUAAGGAGACGGUGUAAUUUUGAUAUACUACGAAGUGUUCAUUUAAAUAUAUAUUUGAUAAAGUUUAAAUUAAAUAAACAAUUUAUAUUCUGCUA